AUGGCGUCCGCUGCUGCGUCGUCGCUCUCCGUGAACCGCGCCGUCGCUGCCGCCGGCGUGUGCGGCGGAGAGCAUCGUCGUUCCCUCGCCGCAUCGCCGCGCGCUUCCCUGCGCCUCUCGGCACCACUCCGCGCCUCUCCCCUCCCCCUCGCGCCUUCCAAAUGCCGCCCGCUCCGCGCGCCCCUUCCGUCGCGGCGACCGACAGUGCGCGCCGCUGCCGCCGCUCCGGCGGCUAUGGCGGACGGCGGGCUGCUGACGCGCGUGGCCGUUGCGGCGUACUCGGCGCUCGUGCCGGCCGGUACGGCCGCUAGCAUGGGGCUCACGGAGCUGACGGUGGUGCUGGCCGUGCGAGAGACCAUCAUCGCGCUCGCCACUGCCGCCAUCUUCUUCAAUGCGCCCAAGAUAUGCCGCCUCGUCAACUACGUGUGGGGAACGCUGAUCAUGCGUGACGAUGAAGUCACGGAGGAGGAGUUUCAGGACAGCAUGUUCGGUGCGCUCGUGGGGCCGCUGCAGUUCGUGCUCAUCUCCUUGUUCCUCACCCGCCACCUGCGCCUGCUGGUGCCGCUGCUGAAGCUGCCCGUGACAGCGGCAAUGGUGGGGAAGGCGCGGGCUGUGGCAUGGGUGGCGGCUGCUACGUGGUUCGCGACGGGGUGGAAGGAUCGCGUCUUGAAGCUCGUGGCUGCUUCUCACCCUGAGGAAAAGCCCGUGCUAGCAAACGUGAGCAAGCUGCUGACGCUGCUGCUGCGGGUGGCGGCGGUGGGUACGCUGGCAGAGAUGAUGGGAUUCAGUCUCAAGUCGCUCAUCGCUGUGGGAGGCAUUUCAGGUGUGGCCAUCGGGUUUGCGUCCAAGGAGAUAGUGACCAACUUCUUCGGCGGGCUCAUCCUGUUCCUGACGCAGCCGUUUGUCCUGCCUGCCUUCAUGCAACACCUCGCUCCUAGUAACUCUCGCAAGCAGUAG